AGUUGUAAAGAGGCUCAUGACUGAUGUACCAUUCGGUGUUCUGUUGUCUGGUGGACUAGACUCUUCUCUUGUUGCUUCUGUUGCUUCCCGCUAUCUGAGCGAGUCAAAAUUUGCUAGACAAUGGGGAUCUAAGCUACACACGUUCUGCAUAGGGUUAAAGGGUUCUCCUGAUUUAAAGGCUGCUAGAGAAGUUGCAAAUUAUCUUGGAACCUUUCAUCAUGAGUUCCACUUCACAGUUCAGGAGGGUAUUGAUGCUCUUGAAGAAGUCAUCUAUCACAUAGAGACAUAUGAUGUGACCACUAUUAGAGCAAGCACCCCAAUGUUUCUUAUGUCUCGGAAAAUAAAGUCUUUGGGUGUAAAGAUGGUUCUUUCUGGCGAAGGUUCUGAUGAAAUAUUUGGGGGCUAUCUAUAUUUUCAUAAAGCACCGAAUAAGGAGGAGUUGCACCUUGAAACGUGUCGUAAGAUUAAAGCUCUUCAUCUGUAUGAUUGCUUGAGGGCCAACAAAGCAACGUCCGCUUGGGGUCUGGAGGCUCGGGUUCCUUUUCUUGACAAAAAUUUUAUCAGAGUGGCAAUGGAUAUUGAUCCGGAAUGGAAAAUGAUUAGACCUGAUCUUGGCCGCAUUGAGAAAUGGAUUUUGCGCAAUGCUUUUGAUGAUAAUGAUAAGCCAUACUUACCGAAGCACAUCCUUUACAGGCAGAAGGAACAAUUCAGUGAUGGCGUUGGUUAUAGCUGGAUUGAUGGUUUGAAGGACCAUGCAAACGAACAUGUUUCAGAUACCAUGUUGAAUAAUGCGAGUUUUGUGUAUCCUGAGAAUACCCCCUUUACAAAAGAGGCAUACUACUACCGCACUAUAUUUGAGAAGUUUUUUCCUAAGAAUGCUGCAAGAUCAACAGUUCCUGGUGGCCCAAGUGUGGCCUGCAGUUCUGCUAAAGCAGUGGAAUGGGAUGCAGCUUGGUCUAAAUGUCUCGACCCAUCCGGCCGUGCGGCGGUCGGAGUUCAUACUUCUGCAUAUGAAUCAACUUCUUCCGAAGCUUCAGCUCAGGAGAAUGGCUUUUCUGUGAAUGGUAUAUCUGAGAAGAAGGUAGACUAUUUUGAAGCAGCUGCAGCUACUAUUUGACCGUUGGCUUCUAUAUAUUAAUGCUGGAAUUAGCAAAGCAGGUAAAGAUGUUUGGAUAAGUAAUUUUGUAUUUGUCUAUUUUGUUUUCCUAGACUUUACAUAUUGUUGUAUGGGAAGGGCCUUUCUGUUUAGGAUAUUAGGAGUAUUCUCUGUUCAAGUUGUAGAAAUUUGCAUGUUUAUUUAUACUAUACAAAUAAUUUCGCCUAGGGUGUCAA